UUUCCUCCCACUUUCCCUUCCCAACAUCAAAUUCUUUCUUACGGUCCUUCUCCCAUCUCUCUUGCUCUCUAUAUAACUUGCUAAGGACUGGUUUUCCUUUCAAUACUGAAAAGAAAGAUUUUGAUCGAUAGAGAGCUUCAACUGAUAAUAAUUCAAGCUUUUUUCGUCGUCAGCAAUGGACUCAGAAUGGGUGAACACUUCUCUCGGCCUCAAUGUUAUUCCUUUCCACCCUGCUAGUUAUGAUCAAGCUCCUGUGAAGAAGCAACUAGAGCUUGAAGGGGAUUAUACUAAAGUAUUUGAAGGCCAUGCAUCGGUGAAACAAGAGGCAGCAGCUAGCCAUGUAUUGACUGAAGAGUUGAAUAGGAUAAGUUUGGAGAACAAGAAGCUGACUGAGAUGCUUGCCUCUCUCUGUGAAAACUACACCAAUUUGCAAUCCCAUGUGAAGGAGUUGAUGAUCACCAAGCAGCAAAGUUCUGAUCAAAACGAUUUGGCUACAAACUUCAACAAGAAGCGAAAACCGGACAGCGAAGACUACAGCAACAUGAUUGGAUUAACUAGUACUGAGACCAGCUCCAUCAGUGAUGAAGAGUACGGAUGUAAGAGGCCGAAGGAGAACAUGAACUUGAAGAUUUCUAGGGUUUAUGUACGCACUGAAGCCUCUGAUACACGCCUGAUUGUGAAGGAUGGAUAUCAAUGGAGAAAAUAUGGUCAAAAGGUCACGAGAGAUAACCCAUCUCCUAGGGCUUACUACAAGUGCUCCUUUGCCCCAAGUUGCCAAGUUAAAAAGAAGGUGCAAAAAAGUGCGGAAAAUCCAUGUGUGUUGGUGGCUACAUAUGAAGGAGAACAUAACCACAUGCACCCUGAAACCAGAGCUGAAGUAACAUUGAUAGGCUCAAUAUCUCCAAACCAGCAGCUUAGUCCGCUUUCUCCAUCCAUGCCCAAGAGAACAUCGCCAGUUCCAACUUUCUCAUGUGACAAAAAUAAUAAUCUGAGCCCCCGAGAAAUCGAAGGCGCUCCACCGGCUUUUCAACAGUUUCUGGUCCAACAAAUGGCUUCUUCCUUGACCAAAGAUCCCAAUUUCGCAUCUGCACUUGCUGCUGCCAUGUCAGGAAGAUUUUCAGACCAUUCUCGGAUGGGAAAUUGGUGAAAAUCAAACCCAAGAAAGAAAGAAAAAAGACGAAAAAUUAGAGCUAUGUAUACCCGAUUAUUAUCACUUAGAUUGAGUUCUUAAUUUGCUGGUUGUAUUUAAUUUUAUUUACACAUCAUUUGAGAGUUGUAAAGUGCAAGGAUAUGUAAAUAGAAUUAUGAAAUCAUCAUGAAUGAAGAAAAAGGAUUAGUUGUUCUUUACUGAAGUAGUA